AUGAAUCUGGGGCCGGGGCUGCGCCGCUCUCCGGCACGGCGGCGCUGGGGGCGGCCCCGGCCUCCGCCCUGCGGCNGGCGGUGCGGCCGACGCGACGUGUCCGUGUUGUGUUGCAGCGUGUGCCGGCUAUGGAGGGAGUGUGCCCGGCGGACGCUGCGGACGCGGCAGCGAAUCGCGUGGGUGUCGGCGCUGGAGCCGGGCCCCGCCGAGAACCACGCGCUGGUGCGCGCGCUGGCCCGCGAGCUUGAGAAGGUUCAUGUGCUGCCUCAGACCGUGCUCUACAUUGCUGAUGCAGAGACGUUCAGCGGGCACGAGGAGUGUCACGAGCAAAAGAAAGCCAGAAAAAGAAACAGUAAAGAAACAGCACUCGCACUUGAAAAGUUGUUGCCAAAGCGAUGUCACGUUCUUGGACUGGUCACCCCAGGGAUUGUAGUUACCCCGAUGGGUUCAAGCAGCAAUCAGCCUCAAGAAAUUGAAGAGGGCGAAGCUGGGUUUGCUCUGUUGUUUCCCAAAAUCGAUGGGGUGAAAAUUCAUACCUUCCAUUUUUCUAAAGACGUGAAGAACAGGGUCUUUGAUGAAAGUAAAUUUGCUGAGGCAGGUCUGAAGAAUAACCCAGAUCUCCGUGUUGUUCUUCUGUUUGGCUACAAUUCCUGGAAGACUGGAGCUACUCGAUUUCUUCAUCAAAUAGUCAAUCCAUUGAAUGAGAAAAGUAUCAUUCUGGCUGGGGGACAGGUGGAGAGCUUUACAUCACUGACCUCUGAGAAUAACCACGCCCAGCCUGGUGACGCCUGUGGUGUGGUUGGGUUGGCUUUCAGCGGUCCCCAGAUCCAGAGUGCCACUGUCCUUUUAGACCAGGAUGUGGCUGAUGAGAGGACAGCAGAAGCAGCCAUGCAGCGUCUCAAAGCAGCAAACAUCCCUGAGCACAACACCAUUGGCUUCAUGUUUGCCUGUGUUGGCAGAGGAUAUCGGCAUUACAAAACCAAAAGGAAUAUGGAAGCAGAUGCAUUUAGGAAGUUUUUUCCAAAUGUCCCCCUCUUUGGCUUUUUUGGACAUGGGGAAAUAGGCUGUGAUCGAAUAGUUACUGGGAAUUUCGUAUUAAGAGAAUGUAAUGACAUAAAGGAUGACCUCCUUCAUGGUUAUACUACUGUUAUGACUCUUAUUCAUCUUGGUUCAAGUAAAGCAAACCAAGCCUAAGUAAGGUUUAAUGCUUCACUGAGCUGUUUGUUUCAUUCCAGAGAGCUGAGAAGUCUGGAAGAGUGGACAUCUUGCAGUCAAAACCCCUUCCAAAAUGUAAACAUCAUUUUGGUAAUAUUAUCGAGUCUUGUAGUUGCAAUAGAGUUUACUAUAAUAUCUGUGAGAAAACCUUGCAUUUUGUGUAAUCCCCUGUACACAUCAGAAUUGCAGGAAAUUAUAUUUGAUGGAAUUCUGCAAUUGAA